GCGGAGCCCGUGGCCCCGCCGCUCCCGCCGGGGGCUCGUCGCUGGGCGGCUGGGCCAUGGGGGAGGCCGAGGUGGGCGGCGGGGGCGCGGCGGGCGACAAGGGGCCGGGGGAGGCGGCCACCAGCCCAGCAGAGGAGACAGUGGUUUGGAGCCCCGAGGUGGAGGUGUGCCUGUUCCACGCCAUGCUGGGCCACAAACCCGUCGGUGUGAACCGGCACUUCCACAUGAUCUGUAUCAGGGACAAGUUCAGCCAGAACAUCGGCCGGCAGGUGCCAUCCAAAGUUAUCUGGGACCACCUGAGCACCAUGUAUGACAUGCAGGCGCUGCACGAGUCUGAGAUUCUUCCUUUUCCGAAUCCAGAGAGGAACUUCGUCCUUCCGGAAGAGAUCAUUCAGGAAGUCCGUGAAGGAAAAGUGGUCAUUGAAGAGGAAAUGAAGGAGGAAAUGAAGGAAGACAUGGACCCCCAUAAUGGGUCCGAUGACGUUUUUUCAUCUUCAGGAAGCUUGGGGAAAGCAGCCGAAAAGUCCGGCAAAGACAGAGACAAGAACUCCUCAGACUUGGGGGCCAAGGAAGGGGCGGACAAGCGCAAGCGCAGCCGAGCCGCCGACAAGGUCCUGACGGCCAACAGCAACCCCUCCAGCCCCAGCGCCGCCAAGCGGCGCCGCACAUAGGCACCCGCGAGGAGGGCCGCGGCCGUGGGCGCCAGGCCGUCGCGGUCAGGGGUCCGGCCCCUGCUGUCAGCCAGGACCAGGGGCUCUGCGGCGCCCACUCACUGCCUGGAGCUGGACGGCCCAAGAAGCCAGGACCGCCGGCUCAGGCUGAGGGCGCGCCCUGUGGCCGGCUCAGCGGCUCACUGCCUCGGCGGCACCCGAGCCACCGCCUGCGUGGGACGCCUGGCGCAAGGAGCAAUAAAGCCCACCAUCCCCGCCCUGCUGGAAGCACCAGCUUCCCGUCGGCCUGUCCGUCUGUCCACCUGUCCGCCCGCCGCUCUUCGCUCUUGCUCAAGCGACUGUGACCUCCAGAGAAAGGCCACCAAGCCACAGACGGCGGCCCCUCCGUGCUGAGAAACUGAGAACUGGAUAUUUGGCCUCAUUCACUUGUACUGUAACGAUGUAUAUAAUUUGGUUGAUAUUUCACUAUUUAAUUUCUAAGAAGCCUAUUUUACUAGUGUUUUAUAUGAAAAAAGCACUGCAGAAGUUAAAAACCUGUGUUGUAUUUUUUCCGAGAUGUUUUGUUUUAAGGUAAUGACCGCUGAGAUACUUUUGGCUCAGUUUUUAUAUGCCAGACACAGAGAAUUUGUGGUUAUUUUUGUAUUACCGAGUAACUCGCAAACAGACCAAACGCGUGAGUGGAGGGCGGCCCGAUGGGGCUGUCGGCUGGGCCAGGGACUACGCAGCAUUAAAGCGCAGAAAGCCACCUGGACUUGUGUGAUUUUCAUACCAAAGUCAGUCACCUUUUGCUACAGUGGGAAGCUUUUAUUUUUCCAAGAUUGCUAACUGAAACGUACACUCAGAUGUACCUGACUCACUCGAUACAAUGUAGGUACAGACUGGUGACGGCCGGCGGGGAGACAGGCCCUCGGAUCCAGGCCGGGAGACCGAAUGAGGCCA